CUAAAGUAUGAACAGAUUCCAAUACCACGAGUCUAUAAAUUCCCAAGAACCUAUGGAUUCACUUUCACUUCUCAAAGCACUAAAAGCCUCUCUAUCUUUAUCUCUCAUAGAGUCAUGCAUGCAUAGAGCUUAGGAGAUAUACCAAAAGUAACCCACAAAACAAAUAGCAUCAAUUAAUAAGGAAAUCGUAAGCAAGAAUGGAAAAUUCAAUGAAGAACCAGAGCUUCAAAGAAAAUGAAGAUGCAGAGCUGAGAAGAGGACCUUGGACUCUGGAAGAAGACACUCUUCUCACAAAUUACAUUCUCCAAAACGGUGAAGGCCGUUGGAAUCACGUUGCCAAAUGUGCUGGGCUAAAGAGAACCGGGAAAAGUUGUAGGUUGAGAUGGUUGAAUUACUUGAAACCGGACAUCAGAAGAGGGAAUCUAACUCCACAAGAACAGCUUUUGAUCCUCGAACUCCACUCAAAAUGGGGUAAUAGGUGGUCCAAGAUUGCACAGUACUUGCCAGGAAGAACGGACAACGAGAUCAAGAACUAUUGGAGAACGAGAGUUCAGAAACAAGCUCGACAACUCAACAUUGAAUCUAACAGCGACAAGUUCUUUGACGCUGUUCGUAGUUUCUGGGUCCCUAGAUUGAUCGAGAAGAUGGAGCAAGACUCAUCCACUACUUAUUCUUGUCCCCAAAACAACAACAACAACAACAGCAAUAACAAUAACUCUCUUCUUCCUACUUCUCAAUCUUACGACUCCAUGAUGAGUACACAAACAUAUACAGAUUUCUCAGGUCAAUACCCGGAUUUGAGCUACAUGGACGGUUCAACUUCAAAUUCCACUCUCAUGACAGUUCCACAGUUUAUGGAACAAAACACCAUCGAUGGUUCGAUGUGUUUCCAUGAUCAAGAACUUGGCGAUUAUGUUCCUGGCAUGGAGGAAUAUUACAUGGGAAACUAUUCAGACAUAUCAACUGAAUGCCACGUGGCGGAAGCGUACGAGGAUGUCACACAAGAUCCCAUGUGGAACAUGGAUGACAUUUGGCAGUUUAGGGAGUAAUAUUAAGUCAGUCAAGAGAUGAGAGUUUGCUUAUGAUGGAGUUGGAGCCCACCACCAUGGUUUUAUUUUAUAUACUAGUAGCUAGUAGCACAAUAUAUUUCAUUUUAGUAUGUGAUAAAAAGUUAUUGGAUAAAUAUUAUGAUGAUAGUUUGCAUAAGUCUUUGAAUUCAUGCAAUCUUGUAUAAGUCUUUAAAUUCAUGAAAUCUUGUACUCCUCUGUUCUUUUAUAUAAGUUUUUAUAGUUAAAACACACAAAAAUUUAAGAACA